GUAAUUUUAAUACCUAAUGCAUUCCAAGGGAUUGAGCGAAUGAUAUAUUUCGGCUAUUUAUCACUUACGACAUUUAUCAAUAGUCCGUGUUGGCUAUCAACCACACAGGGUCAUCAAGUGCGGAUUGAGAACAAGUUCCCUUGCAAAACUUACCCAAUAUGCGAGUUUCUACUGUUUGGUUUUUAAUAUUCGUCCUGUUUACAUUUCCAGUCCUUUCAUCUUCUCACUGGUGGUAAGUUAAAUUCAGUCUUCUGAUCUAAGAAGAUUACACCAAUCAGAAGUUUAUACUCCAGAUUAGCGGCGAGAAUUGCUCAAUUUCUGCUCACUUUGAUUUCAGGCCAGAAAUUUGGCAUUUCAAUUGCUCGUUUAUUUCGUUAGGUUCAUGUCUCAAGUAUACGCAUUGGGGGCGAAAAUAAUGUGCAAUAACAUCGCCGGCCUGGUCACUUACCAACGUCAACUUUGUCGAGAAAACCCCGAUGUGAUGGUUAGCAUCGGAAAGGGGGCCAAACUUGGCGUGGAAGAGUGUCAGCAACAGUUUAAAGAUCAGAGAUGGAAUUGUUCAACAGUAGCUCGAGACGUUAGCGUUUUUGGAAAAGUUAUGCGAAAAGGUAAAACGGAUAAUAUCGUUGAAGGGAAGUGCUCGGUUUAAGCUACUUCAGUAAGAGAGUAGUUGAGAUUGUAACUCCAAAUCGUAGUUCUUGGUGGAGAGGUGUAAUUUUAGCAGCGUACAGGUUGUCAGUUUGGUGAAAACUGUUAUCUUAUCCCUUUAUUUUGUGCUAUGAUUUAAAAUAAAAAACUGACAAAAUAAUCGCAUCCACGAAACUCAAUACCUUCACAUGAGGUCCGUUCAAGGAUCCUUGAAAAAAUUUCCUUACUCUCAAGUGUCUUCAUGCAGUACUCUCUCAGGCGUUUGAUUUAUUCACAAGAUUUUUCUAGACAAAGAGUAGUUGAAAACGAAAACGAUUCUUUUUGCUUGAGUGGUUUUUGUGAAGCUGUACUUUUUUCUUGUCUUCACAGCAAGUAGAGAAAGCGCCUUCGUAUACGCCAUAUCUUCUGCGGGGGUUGUACACGAGGUCACAAAGGCGUGCAGCCGCGGAGAACUGAUAGGUUGUACUUGCGAUACCAAACGUAAAGGAAGAAGUCAUAAAGGUUUUGAGUGGGGAGGUUGCAGCGACAACAUAGGUUAUGGUCUUAGAUUUGCCAAACUAUUUGUCGAUUCGCGAGAACAGGAGCGGGACGCCAGAGCAAAAAUGAACCUUCAUAACAACUUUGUGGGGCGAAGAGUAAGUAUUAAACAUUUAUUCAUUACUUGAAUUGUCCGGGUUGUGUGAGGUCGCAUCAUUUUUAUCAAUAAAUAAAAUUUGUAUCGACAAAUUCGUUUUUAACUAAGUUCGUGCAUUGACGGGUUUGUUAUUGCUCAUCGUGGAUUAAUUUUGGCUCAGUUUCAGUAAUUAUUAUGGAUGUUUUAAAUUCAUCUAUUUCCCUGGAGUGUUUUUUAUAAACAAUACACCAGGAUAAACAUUUGUCUUGAAAGCUAAUCUCGUACUUCCCUAAUAUGGCUGUAAAAACUGAAAUAUAAGUGUUAAUUUUUCAUAAGUAUGUCCUUAAAAGUAAAAGAAAUUGAAAAAGAAAGAAAAAAGGAUAUGAAGAAGUGUAAAAGUUAAAAAAACUCAGUUUGUAGUAUUUCUUAUGUCUUACCUCUAUUUUGUCGAAUUUUUCUAAUCCCGAAUCACACGACUCAACUUCAAUGAAGUUUGUUUAGAUAAACAUCAAAAAAACAGGAAGAGCGUGGACUUUGGUUGACUCGGUAGUAUUUUUUUAACCGAUAUGGCGCCUUUUCUGUUGAAUCUAUUUCCUGACUGUGGUAUUUCAGAGCUUGUAGAGUGUUCGAUACGCUUGAAAAAACAGAAAAUGUCAAGAAAUUUUCGACCAGUUUAAACUUAGAAAACUCGUACUUAGAGGUGAAGAAAGUCCCUCAAACUAAUGAAUUUUGCCAGUCUAAGCAUAGCUUGAUAGUCUUUGAACGUUGUGCUGGAACUUGCAACUUCAACCAUAGCUGUAGUACAACCUUUUUUCCCCGCCUUUGCUUCGCAUUUUUGCUUCUUGGAAGGAAAACGACUUCUUCUUUUGCUAAAAAACUCAUUUUACUUCCAAGAAACAGCCGAAUAAAACCUUUGAAAACACGCCUGUUUCUCCGGCAACAGUCCACGAAUUACGAAAAUGUUGCAAGUUUGUCGGCAUUUUGUGUUUUUCUUAAUCACCAAACUCGAACCCGGACUGAUAUCGUGGAAAAAGUCAAGAGAAUGACCAUUUUAAGAGGCUGAGAUAUAGGAUGCAAAGAUUUCGUUCUUAAAAACAUAUCCGAGGCCAUUUCAAUAACGUACUCGCGCUGCCACAUUACUUAAUUGUACCAAGAUUGGCUUAUCAAACUUACGUCAAGUAGUACUUCAUUAUAACUGUACUACUCAGUUCAUGAAAACAUUGGAGUUUUUAAAUCGCGUAGGCAUUUUUUACGCCUACUUUUACGAAGAAACAUCUGUAGCAAAUAUCGUGCAGUGGAGUAGCGUGAAUAGGUAUUAGAUUGGAGUGUUGAUGCGGUUUAAUUCUCAAGAGCGGUUUUGUUCGAGUUUCCUGUUAAUUGAGAAGAGGACAUUUUCGAAACGUUGAAUUGACCGCAGGCAAUUUCCCAACAAAACUUAUCAGAUAUUGAAAGAAAAGUUUGAGCUUUAAGGCAAAUGCCUUCACGUUUCUCCUGUCGCUGGUUUCAAUCUGGGUAAUUAUGUUGAGUUGUAAGAAGUUCAUGGCUAGCAUCCGCGAACCUCUACUCGGGAGUUUCUUCUUUUAGAGAACAAACCGGUAUAAGAUUCUUUGAGGACAUUUGGGAAAAGUUUUCGUAAAUCCUGUCAAGUCACGCUUGUAUUAGCUGUAAUGUAUUAUUUGCCGACGGCUCGCAAGUCCAUAACAUGAAUAAGAUACUCCUUACAAAUAUUGACUGUCUUCUGUAAUAAAAUAUAAAGAGAUUUAGAAACUGCUACGUCAGUUCUAAUUAAUUGAAUUUCCCGUCGCUACUGAUACUGCAUGAGAUUCAACUCUUUGCUGUUGAGAUCACCCCGGGUCUUUACAACAACGAUAAAAAUAUAAAGAACUUUAAUUAAUGCUCUGUUUAUGAAACUUUUGUAUGUUUGAUUUUAGAUCACGCGAAACGGUCGUUUUACUUAACUCUUUUAUAUCUUCUUUUUGUCGACUUUCUUUAACUAAUCCGAGAAAAAAGGGCUUAGCUUGUUGACAUAGUUUUCUUUUCCUCUAACCAAUGAAGGUAAUAAAGUUAAACAACGUAAAGUUGUUUGGCACGUUCUCAGCAAAGAGAAGUAGGAUUUUGUGGUUUUGCUUAGUUUCCUCAAGACUUGUUAUUACAUCAAACUCAUAGUACAAAAUUCUACAAAUAGGAAUUUAAUGCCAUUAACCUAAACAAGAUAAACUCAGCUCUAUCCUCUGUUGUUGUAACUACGAUAUGUUUACCUUCAGAAAGAAAAACAAACAAAAUAUGUGAAGUAGUUAAUUUAAAUCUCACGUUACGAUGCACAUGUGUCGCGUGCAAUGUGCCCAUGAAAAGCCUAUAACACGAACAUUUGUUAGUAACCCAUUUUGCCCUUUGUGGCUGCAUGAGUCAAGUCUCUCUAAAACUAGUUGUAAGUGGUUGAGGGCACUUGAAAAUCACUGAAAAAAAACAAAAAAACACUUUUCAUACUUUAUUGAGGCUCGGGGAAAAAAAUUCUAACGAAACUAAGCCGAUUCCAGCUCCUCCCAUCUCUUGCACGUUCAAAGUUGUCAUGGCAAAUGUUGAAUACGAUCUUUGAAUCCAAAGAAGUCCUGUGGUACAACAUUAUUAAAUCGGUUUUCGUGACAUCCGGAAUAAUGAAGGUGUUUUCCUCAGCCUUCAGUCUUUGUGCUGAUAACACUUACCGCGAGACCUACUCUUUUCUUCUGCCUAGAAACUUGAACUUCCGCCCAUCAUAAAAACCAAAUCGAACAAUUGUUUAAUUUAGUAAAUGAUUUGAACCCAAAUAGGUAGAAUAUGAUCGUCCGUUUAAGCGUUGUCUGGAAUAGAACUGUUAUUGAUACUGACUGACGUUUCUACAACCUUUGCGGUAGUCAUCUCCAGACUCAGAGUGAGUUAUUUCCCGUUAGUUGAUGGUGAUGAUGAGAUGAUUGGUCACUAAAUCGCCAUACACUGGUCUUUUGUUAGUUACGUUUAGUUCACUCGUGAAUAAACAGCUUGGCCGCCGCGCCAGGAAACGAGGUUGAUCGAUUGCCAUGCAACCUGUUUUCCAAAUUAAUAUACCAUUAUACCAACUUCGUUUCCAAGUCAAUAUAUCAUCGAAUCGAUGGUAUAUUGCUAACAUCUUCCAAAUUUGGUCAACGCCAGUUGAUUAUGAAGAACUAGCUGUGGGCUUUGAGCCAAUCAGAAACGGUGAAAUAUUUGGAAUGUACGAUAAUGUAUAAUAGUUCUAAUGAUCUUCGAGUGCCUCUUAUUUGAUUUCAUGUUAAAAGGACUAACUUUUCCUACCUAUGUUGUCCAAGAUUGGCGAUAUCUCUACUGUUUGGGACAGCUGCACACAUCUCACGAGCGCGUGCGCAUACUUGGUUAGGCAUAAGUCGUAUCUCUCAGCAACAAAGGUUGUCACUAAAGCGUGAAUCACUCACCUCAGAAGGGUUUCCUCAAGUUAUUUGAAUCUCCGUACGAUGUAAAUAGUUUUAGAGGAGGAUAAUACAAAUUAACAGCCGAUUUGUUUUUUCUUUUGCAGGCAGUAAAGAAACACACAGAAUUGGAUUGCAAAUGCCAUGGCGUCUCCGGCUCGUGCCAAGUGAAAACAUGCUGGAAAGUCAUGUCCCAGUUCGGUGUUGUGGGUGCUUUUCUCCGUGAGAGAUACCAUAGUGGUGUACAAGUUACCGUAGAUCAGAGCGGCAACGAACUUGUAAAAAUAAUGGCAGAUGGAUCUCCAGCUCAUCCUCCACGUGAUAAUCUCGUUUUCUUAGAAGAGUCCCCGGAUUACUGUGUCCCUAAUACCAACACAGGCUCUUUGGGUACUACGGGACGGGUUUGUAACAAGAGCACUCCGGGACACGGCAGUUGCGGGAUUUUGUGCUGCGGGCGCGGUUUUGACACCAUUCAGGUUGAAGAGGUCUAUAAAUGUUCGUGCAAAUUCAAUUGGUGUUGUUAUGUUAAGUGCCAUACGUGCAGACGGACUGUUGAUAAGCAUGUAUGUAAAUCUCCUGAUGAUAAUGUGUACAAUGGAAACGGACCUCAUUUAACAGCAUCUGUGGCAAACGCGCAAAGCAAUAGUCAAAACAGACCCGCUAAGAAACUUCUCGGUGAUAAACGGAACAAGAGAAGAAAGGAACGAAAAAACAGGAAGCGAGGUGCGUCUAGCCUGUCUACUAACAGUCUCAGCAGAGGCGACAGAGAAAACAAGAAACUCUAA